GCCCGAUGCAACAUCAUUACUACGCGACGACGGCCAUUGCGACGCGACAAAACGAUCACUGCGUUCGGGAAAGUCGUGUAAUGAUACCCAAGCGCUUGCGCGGCAAACCUUGAUCUCUUCCCCUGCGCGUGUCCUUCGCGCUUUCCGACUCGGGUAGCUCCACACCAGCACCCAGCGAUGUCAAUGGUACUCACGCGCUCACCUCUGGAACCGAUCGGGAUGAAUGGGGCGGGCAUGCAAAAGCGCAGAAGUGCGCGAUUGUCACAUGACGGCGCGGAAGACAACGAACCACCUGCCAAGAAGUCGAAGGCCAACGGCGCGCAGACGACAACGACGGUGAGCACCAAAGAUCAGGAUGGCGACGCGAACGCGUUGUCGAAACGACGGUCGCGGAAGGCGUAUGAUGAGAAGGUUGAUGGCUUCGCGUUCAGUAAGGGUGGGCGGAAGGGCAAGGAAGGGAAGCAGCCGGCUGUGCGCAACUCGGCGGAUGAACAGACUAUGCCUGCUGCACUUCCGCCGUCAGGUGAGACUGCGGUGAAUCCUCCUGCGCCUGUAGCAGCGCCUUUGCCUCCACGAACCGAGGAUUCAGCACCAAAAGCUCCGCCCCGGAAAACGCGCCGUAGACUGCCAACAACACCGGACCGUGAGCCCGUCCGUCGAAGCAAGCGUAUCUCCACCGACGGCAAUCCAUCCCUCGAAGCACAAGCUUCGCCAUUCAGACCGUCUCACGCCAAAUCGCAUGCGAAACGUGACCGCUCGCCCAGUCCGGACAAAGCUCGUCCCGUAACGGUCGAAAGAAAGCGAAAGCGCGUCGCGAAUGGCGCCGAAGAGGAGGAGAAGAUCAUGCGAAUUGCUUUGCCCUUUGCCGAUACGCCAGUGAUUCGGCGUAAUCGAGAAAUGCGGAAAAGUAGCGCGGAUGGUCUAGGUGGGACCAGGCGGAGUAGCUCAGGUAUGAGGGGCAGGAGGGCGAGUAGUCUGAUCGAAGAGGGCAAGGGCAAUGCCUUGCCUCACGCUGAGGUGCCGACCGCGGAGUUCUACAAGCAUAUCUCCGCCGACCUUACCGAACCGCGACGAAUGCGGUGUCUGCUGAGCUGGUGCGGACAGCGGGCUCUACCAGAUAAGCCUGAAGCACCAAAGAACGCGAGCGCGGCGUCAAGCUUGGAAUUCCAAGCGCUGCAAGCAGCUCUGGUAGUACAAGCAGAGCUCGCGCAAGACCUCAUCACUAAAGGCACGCUAAGUGACUGGUUCUCCCGCGAUGACGAAGUUGUGCCAGCAAUACCGCUGCGCAAGAAAGCCAAUCCCAGGAACCUUGCAAAUGCGGCGAAGGUCCAGGAGUUAGAAGGAGAGCUUGAGAGACUAAAACAAGAUCGAGCGGACUGGGAGGCUCUAGUCCAGUCCGCCGUACCACCAUCACCUCCCAUAGAUGGUGGAGCAGAAGACGAACAACCACUCUCGCCGCUCCACCCAGAGUUACUCGACAGUCCACAACGAGCCAUCCUAGAAGAACUCCAGGCCCCAUCUUCGCGCCAUCAAGCACCAGUCGAGCCGGCAGCGAUUAAAGACCGACUGCAGCACAUUUCCGCCAAUCUGGAGUUCACGGUCGAUCAAUUCGCCCAUGGCGUCCACGCUUUGUCCGUCGCGCGAGAGACGGCGGACAGGCUGUCCGAGAGGACUCUGGCGGAUACAGCUGACGUGCUGGAGCACCAGGAGAAAGCACGGGGCAAUGGUGUGGAUGCCAUGGACGCGUUGCGAGCCCUUGGAAGGGUGUUGAACGGGAGUGGGAGGAGGAAGUGAGAUUGCUUGAUUCUGGCUUGCAUGAUUGUAAACUUACGACGACCCUAACUGUUCCAUCCCGCCGCACAUUGUCAGAGAGCUUCGUUCAGCGACUUAGGUCGGUCUCAUGUACCGUGCCUGUGUUUUGGCAGUCGGACACAGCAGCCCUGCAUCGUAGCUUUGGUCUUUCGGUCUUUGCUGGUAUAAAGCAUGCGAAGGGCUUGCAAUGUCCAAGGCGGUCUUCUCCAGCACAAGCUGCGCAUCGCAAAUGUGAAAGCUAAUGUGGAGCUUGACCAUUGUUUCGGACUGAGUAGGUCGCAUAUAUGUCUGUAUAUUGUUCACU